AUGGCUGACGCUCUGCCCAGGCUCUCAAUCGCCCAGCUUCAAUUUUUUCCCCGAACCGACCUCACUGAGACGGUUGUCGAACAACUCCGUACUGAGUUUCCCAAUGGCAUGGAUGUUUCCGGACUCCAACUCGAAGACAUCCCGCUGACUGCUGGCGACGACAUUCUCUGUAAUGUCUCCACCGACUCCCACUGCCCUUUUGUGUUGUCAUCUCUUCGCCGCAAGGUCGUCUCCUCCCUCCACAACCCCUCGCGCCUAAGACUGGAGCAAACGACAAACUGGUCGAUGUGUGCUUCGUCUGGCCCGGGAUGCAUAAAGACCUGA